GCGGUGCGAGAACUCAAACGUGAACCCUGAUUGAACGGCCAGGGUACGGUGUUGCGCCUUGGACCACCAUUUCCAGGGGCCUUGAUUGGCGCCAUUUCAUCCUCUUGCUCCACACCGUCAGCUGAGACAUGGUCCACCCCAGGUUCUGGGGCUUGGGCGCUACCUUGGGCUGAUGUGCCCCUCUCCGUCCCUUCUUCCCCUUGGAGGGGAGCAGAGCAAAUUGGCUUCCGGUGCUGCAGGAAUAGCAAAACACUCUACCCUACCUACCACCUACCUUACCUUGCCUUACAGAAGCACACUCUUGGCCCGCAAAUCUAGACAGAGCCUGCUUCUAGACCACCGCCAGAUAAGGACGCCGGCUAUAUUUGAACAAGCCACCGGCACUUUCCAGCCAUUCGACGCCGGAACCGAGACUCGUGGAUCUUUAGCUCCUCAACACACCGUACCCGCCUGCAUAGGUGCUACCUCGCCCAAAUAACCGGGUAGCUUAGUCUUCAAUUGCCGCUGAUUCGGCAGGCAACCCACCCCUCUCUACAAAUCCAAUAGAUAACGUCCCCGAGCCGGAAAGCUGCCAUUCCAAUUUAUUCUGCUUACGGCGCCAUCUCUCGAACCUUUCGACUCUGCGAGAACACGUCGUGCACUGCAGUUGCUCUAUCGCUGCGCGCUGCCCACAUAGAUAUAGUAUAUACUGUUUACCACCACACGCGACUACCGUCCAACCCCAUCGCUAUCUCUCCCGUGGCUACAUCCCAAUACUCCUAUAUACCGACAUUUCCAGAGCCAUGGCCACCACCCAGACAACCCAAGGCCAGAUACAACCUUGUAGAUACAAGGUUGGAAAAACGCUGGGCGCAGGCUCAUACUCAGUUGUGAAAGAAUGUGUGCACAUAGACACAGGGCGGUACUAUGCAGCCAAAGUCAUUAACAAACGAUUGAUGGCAGGACGCGAGCACAUGGUUCGCAAUGAAAUCGCUGUUCUCAAGAAGGUGUCCAUGGGGCAUCAAAACAUCCUUACGCUAGUGGAUUACUUCGAGACCAUGAACAAUCUAUACCUGGUGACAGACCUUGCUCUCGGCGGCGAACUUUUCGACAGGAUCUGCCGAAAAGGUUCCUACUAUGAAUCAGACGCAGUGGACCUGAUACGCGCGACACUUUCUGCCGUCGCAUAUCUGCAUGACCACGGCAUCGUUCACCGCGACCUCAAGCCGGAAAACCUACUUUUCCGAACGCCCGAGGACAAUGCAGACCUUCUAAUCGCUGACUUUGGCCUCUCGCGGAUAAUGGAUGAGGAGCAGUUCCAUGUGCUCACAACGACCUGUGGCACUCCCGGCUACAUGGCGCCCGAGAUCUUCAAGAAGACGGGACACGGUAAACCCGUAGACAUCUGGGCCCUCGGCGUCAUUACAUACUUCCUCCUUUGUGGCUACACUCCAUUCGAUCGGGAUAGCGACUUGGAGGAGAUGCAGGCAAUCCUCAAUGCCGACUACAGCUUCACUCCGAUUGAGUUCUGGCGCGGCGUCUCUGACUCGGCCAAGGACUUUAUUAGGCGCUGCCUGACCAUUGAUCCCACUAAACGCAUGUCGGCGCACGAGGCGCUUCAACACCCGUUCGUCGCCGGAUAUCUGGCAGACAAGGGUGCCAACCUACUACCGACAGUCAAGAAGAACUUCAACGCGCGCCGCACGCUACACGCCGCCAUCGACACUGUGCGCGCCAUCAACAAGCUCCGUGAAGGCCAGGGUCUCAAUGGCCAGCGGUUGAUGGCUGGGGUCAAGUCGCGCGAGCCCAACAAGGCGGCGGCGGCUGCUGCUGCUGCUGCUUCUAUCCCGACAUCAACGGGUGAGGUGGGUACUGUCGGUGCCGCGACGCACAAAGACUCAGGAUACGGAAGCACCAGGCCAGACGGUGACGGCAGCGGAGAUGUUGCCAUGGAUGAGGCGCCGCCAGUAUCGCACCCGGCAGCACUCAGACCGGGAGUGGAGACGAACAAAGUUGUCGAAACGUCCAAGGGCCUCUGGACCGGCGUUGGAAGCCGGGGGUAAGCUCUUUGCUCUGUGGUAACUUUAGGGCGAUAUUUACCACCUGUGAUAUUUUUGAGUCAAUUUUUGGGAUACUGAGAAGGGCGCGUUUGGGGCAUUUACGGCUUUGGCUUUCCUGCUGCAGAGCAGUUGCUUCUUCAUUUCUUUCUUUUCAGCUGUGCUGUUGCUUCUGUGGGUAUAUUUAACCCAGCCAUGACUCUUUAAAUAUGGGGACGCUUGAUGAUACCAGAACAAGAAGCGAAUAUACACCUUGUUCAUCUCUUCAAGCGACGACUAUCAUCCGGUUCAUCAAAUAACCCAUGAUAAUUAUCUUGUAAUCGCCCGAUCAAGACCAGACACUGAAUAAUGCACAAGAUGGACCUCCCGGACCUGGACUGAACUCCAUAACGCCGCGAUCAGAUUCGGACCAUCUACAAUAUUAUUGCAAAUGAGUUCUGGUCAAAGCUGCGCAACCGG